ACUUUGUUUACAGACGUAACAAACGUUGGACAUAACCUGCAAAUAAUGAUAUAAAUUUUAAUUGUUAAACAAAAAUGAACAUUAUAUUUAAGCGAAACUUCCAUUUAUCCCCUUUACGUUCUGAAAUACAAAAACAAACUCGUUUACGAGUAGUUGAUAACAGUGAGUUAGGCAAAAGGGCAAUGGCGGAGGGCAAACCACCCCGAUGUAUCCACGUUUAUAAUAAAACAGGAGUAGGCAAAAUAGGCGAUAUUGUUUUACUUGCUAUUAAGGGUGAAAAGAAGAAAGGUGUGUUAGUCGGUUUAAAACAGAACCAAAAACCAAAAGUACCAAAAUUUGAUAGCAAUAAUGUAGUUUUAAUUGAUGAUAAUGGAUCACCUAUGGGCACAAGAAUUCAUGUUCCAAUACCAACAAUUUUAAGGACUUUACUGAAAGAUAAGACACAUGUCAAAGGCCCAGAUUAUACUAAACUACUUAGUAUAUCAACAAGAUUUGUUUAAUUGAAUAUUUAACAUUAAAAUAUAUGUAUAUAUAAUUA